AUGCUGGUAGUGGAAGUGCAAGCUGCGAGAGACAUGGCUGCAACGAUGGCAUUCUCUGCAUUCUCCAGCGUGUGCGUACUUUCGGCUAUCCUGCUCAGCUUCUUGAUAAAAGAAAAUGAAGCAGUAAAAUGUUAUAUAUGUAGCUGGAGCCCUCAUGACAAUAGGAGUGAUACAUGUACCAAAAACAACUUUAUCCCAGAAUACACAAUGGUACAUGAUUGCGAGAAGGGAUGUGAAGUUGUCAGUAUGAGAGAUCCCAAUGGUGCAAUGGAAAUGUUUUAUCGGAAUUGCUACACAAAAAGUGAGAAUGACUUGAAAUUUGACCGGAGAAAUACUGGUAUCAAUGAAGAAGAAGUUUAUAAGUGCAACUGGAAACUCUGCAAUGGAGCAGUCAGUGUGUUCACAAGCCAAAGUGUACUGUUAUUGACAUUUACUGCUGCCUGGUGCAUUCUGUUUUGCGGCCCAUGAUGUUUACUAUUCAAUUCUCAGCUCCACUUAAUCACAUUAUUUAAGAACUUUUUGGAUGGUUUGACCUCUACUUACAUGUAUUACAUUUUAACUCACUGCCCACUACCUAUGUGUUGGAUAAUAUGUAAAUAACAGUUAAUGUAGAUUAUUAUGAGAAUAACAAUAGUUUCUGGUGUUUUUUACUUCAAUAAAUUUCUACAUAUUUAGCUGCUUUCUGAUGAAACAUGCAAAAUAUAUUUUGGCUUCCAUGUAAUUUAUGCAGAUUAUGUAACAGUCAAUUGAAAAAUGUCAUCAAAGUAGCAAGAAAUACUUUUUUAUUAAACUGUGUAUCAAAAUAUGCAAAAUUGUUAGAAUCUGUCUUUCAAUGAGGGAAUGCUGUGGAUACAUUAACAAUAAUCUUUUCAUGGUAAUGGAUGAAGGCUGCUUCCUUUAAAGCACAAUAAUUUUGUCAUUGUGUAAUAGUCAUCAUGGAAAAUGGUGGAUGUACAAUACAUUGCUAUAUUCUUGUCAAUUUGCAGCCUCAAUUCCUUCUAAUUUACUUAUGAGUAUGACAUCAAUUGUGAUAUAGUGAUACAGACCAAAGCAUUCAUAUUUUUGUAACUUGUAUUAUCAUACAAACCUAGUAAUCCUAAAUUCAUUGACACAUUUUUUAUUUAUUAUGUCAGUAGAGGUAAAUGUGUUCUAUAGCAAUAUUAAUUUAACACAUUGUCAAGGCAGAAAUUGUAAACUUCUUAAAUCAAAUUUUGCAGUGCCCAGCAUUGUUUAAAAGAAAAGUUUGAUGCAGCUUUUCUUUAGGUCCAAUGAACAGACAAAAAUAUUCAUCUAAAUGUAUGGUGCUUCAUUGUCAAUGUUUUGUGUAAGAAAAUAGGGAGUAUGAGAGUAUACACAGAAGUAAAAUAUAUUACUAUAUAACUUUUCCUUCAAAAAAACUUAACGGAUCCUAAAAAAUAUAGAAAUAUCUCUCUAUUUUUACUGCAAUGCAAUUUCAUUAUUGCAAUUUAAAGAAACUAAAUAUAAAUCCAAUCAAUAAUGUAGAUAAAAUAAAUAAUUUUUGAAAUUUGUUAUCCUAUUUUGAAUAACUACAGUAGAUUCUUUUUUCUGAAAUAAAAGACAAACUUGUAGUUUUAACUAUUGGAAUUGAUUAGUCCUCAUAAAACAUUCUUAUUCUAAUCUAAUCAUUCUAUAUUAUUUAAUUUAUUUCUCAAAUUAAUCUUGUUGAUGAGGUUUACUGAAAAUUUCAAGAGUAUAUUCUGUUGUGUUUAGCUUGUAAUGAAAUACAUUUUGUCAUGAGAUUUCUGUAAUAUUUAUUUUAUUUAUAUAUUGUAUUACUAUUUAUUGUAAUGUUUUAGAUGCAAGUAUUGUUUUUUUCUUUUAAAACAAGAUUCACGGGAUAGAAUACUAAUAAUUCUUGUCAUUAUACAUAAUCUAAAAACAUUUUUGGGAGUAUUGCUCUUGGACAAAAUUAUACAUUUCAAUAGAUAAUAUGGGAUGUAUUGUUAUACUAUAUCUGGAGUUUGAAUGUGCUUUUUUUGAAUGUAAUGCAUUUGUCCGACACAAAUAUAUAUUUUGUAAUAUUCUGUUUUGCAGUAAUGUUUCAUUUUACAUGUGUAUAAAUGAAAAAAAUGUAAUGUAAACUUUACGUUGUAUUAAGUUUUUGUGAGUAGGAUAAUCUUACAUUUCUCAUCAUGCAGUUGAAGCUUACAAGCAUACACAGCAAAAUAUAUACUAAAAACUGUAAUACUGCUCUCCAUUUAUCAGAAGUGCAUUUGUAUUUCUAUUAUGUAUAAGUUAACAAUAUUCUUGUCCAGGAGAAGGGAAAUGAUUGUGCAUUACAUGAUAAUGUGUUCCAUCAAAAUGAAGUCAUUGAACAUUACAAGAUGGAAUGAUUCACCCACUAUUGAAGUAAUGGUGUAAUUGAGAAAAUAUUUUCUUCCAUUUACACUGAUUAAAAUGGGUUAGCUUUUUCUAGCAUAUAAUUCUUUCAGAUCUGGCAAUUUGAUCUUAAUAACAAAUGACUUCCAUUAGUAAGAUUACAGUUUUUUGGGCCAUUACUGAGAAUUGGUCAUGAAUGCAAGUUAUAAAGCUAUAAACUGUAAAUAUUUGUUUUCUAAAUUUAAUUAUUUCUGUAAAGAUGAUUUACCAAUAAUUUCAGGGAAAUAUAUAACCCUUAGAGGUAUUAUUUUCCUUAACCCCAAAUGGUACCUAUUAUCUUUCUUUCAAAAGAUGCCUCCCUUAUCAUGAAGAUAAAGAACAAUGUAAAUGAAAUAUUUAUGACAAAAUAUAACAUUGUGAUGUUCUCUUAGUUAAGCUGAAAUGAUUAUUUCUUAAUCAUAAUAAAAGUCUUCACGAACGUACCAACAUUAUGAACCAUAAAUGAAUGUUAGUAUCUGUUGCAUGUAUAGUGAAUGUGUUCACUAGAUUGUAUGUUCAGUUCUAAUGACUGAAAGAAUGAUUUUAUGCUAUUUAAUUUUUCUCAUAGAUUUGUUAAUUAGCAUUCUGUGUUAUUUUGAUAUGUUACACUUCCUAUAAUGAAGAACUAGAUGAAAAGAGAACAAUGAUGUUGCAAAGACUUUGAUGAAACCUCGUUUUUAUGAUGAUAAAGGUGCAUGAAAGAGUAAGAAAUAAAAUAUCAAACUGAAUCACCUCUGAAUUCUAUUUAUUUAAUAAGAUUAAAAUUGAUUUGUCCUUCAAUGCAAAGAAUCAGAGAAUCAAAUUAGUACAAAUGCAAAAUAAGAUCAUAAAAUAAAUUUAUAUUUGAUAAGUACUAAGUCAUUUAACUGUAGAUUUGUAUUAAAUUCAUUGUUUCAAAUACGCACAUUUAAUCAUUUGUUUACAGAGUUUAUUAGCACUAGUACCUAAUAUUAAAAUAUGUUCUUUGAAACCAGUAUUUGUUUCUAUGCAAAGUAUUUAUGUAGAAUCUUAUAUUCAAAUAAAGAAUAAUUUUGUAAA